CCCGCUGUCAAUUUCGUCCGCAUAGGGAGCACGAUUAGCAGCCGCCGGCCACUCGAGCUGCGAGGAAAGUGUAGCACGGAGCCGUGCAGCGAGCUGCCCCUGCCGGGCCUGGCGCCGCGAGUGCAGUGACAUAGUGCGCAGUUGCAUGCUUAUGUAAAAUGGCCUCUGGAGCAAAAAUACAGUGAACACUUCCGUUUAGUGACAUGACAUAGAAAUCCGUUUCAUUAUUAUAUCAAGUGUUACCCGGUGAGAAAUGCUGAAGGGUCGCGGACGGGAUCCACGCAACGUGGCGUCGCCACCGCCGGCGCACCUCGCGAAAAUAAUGCGUCCACCCGCAUUAGCACGUGGGGCGAUGCCCCCGACUACGCCAACAUCCAUGCAUCGGGUACCACAGACCAGGCCUGAACCUGAUUACGAAGUUGUAGAAUUUCCAAGUGACCAAUACGUCAAUGCGAAAAUACAGCCGCCGCCACCGCCGCCGCCACGACCGCCCACAGGUCACCCGGUCGAUGCAGGCGCAUCGUGUGGUCUUUGUGGAGGUGGUGGUGCACGCGUGCGCUGCACUGAAUGUGGACGGCGCGCACUGUGUGCCUCUUGCGAUGACAUGUAUCACCGUCACCCCAAAAGGAGAAAUCAUCAGCGACAGGCUCUAUCGGCUACACAGUUGCGCGAGGAAAGGCCACCGUUACCGCCUAAGGCAGGGCCUCCAGUACCACCGCCGCGUAAACACAAGAUAAGCGGUGAUAGAAUGAGCGCUAGUCCUAAACCCCCGCCAGUAUUAGACCAAAGGAGAGCUACCCUUAGUUCUCCGCACCAUGCGGCUAUGAUGAUGGGAGCGCACAGCCCGGGAUCCCCUGUGCCGCCUGCCAACCUCAUCCAGGCACCCCAACAUCAUCAACAGAUGCCUCUACAUCUACAAACUAAAAUGACUACAACACCCACUCCGAACCACCUCGGGAGCAUGCCGUUUCUUCCGACAAACAUGCACAUUGCCGCGGGUCAUCACGCUGCAGUGCCAGGGCAGUCUAACACACUAUCCCAUAUGAAUACUGCUUGGAAUCGUCCUCGAGGAUCACUACAAGGUUUUGGCGGACAUCCGAAUAUGCACGUGCCAGCUGACCAGUGGGAUAAUUCCGACAACAUGGCUCCUACAAUGCAAAAUUGGGGUCGGCCUUUACGCCGCGGCGCUUCUGUACUCGAACUAGGCGGUGGUGCAGCCACUGGCUGCACCGGCUGCGCUCAUUGCGCCCCAGUUCCAUGGCGGUAUGGCAGCUGUGCCAGCCUUGACCACCCCUGGGCGAACACAAACCCCGGAUGGGCGCCAACAUGCUGCACGCCUGGCCAUCCCAUGCACGGAGUACAGCCGCAUCCACAUUUACCUCCACAAACACCUCAACCAUAUCGUAGAGCUGAGAGCCGUACAGUAUCUCGCGCUGCAUCGCGUGCUGGCUCCCGUGCAGCGUCUCCGGCUAUGAGUGUGAGGUCUCGCACGUCUCGAAGAUUGAAGCAUCGUACACCAUCGCCGCCGCCACUGCCUUCAAGUGAUGCCGACUCAGAAAGUGAGAGUGAGAGUGAUCACGAACCGCCUAAUAAACCGCAAGAAAAAGAAGAAGAUUCUCUUGGACCUGCUCCUCCACCACCAAACUCUUCAUGGCAAUGUGAGCACUGCACUUUUGUCAAUGAGCCCGGUGUACGAGUGUGUGCCAUCUGCUGCCGCACUCCCGUUUCAGUGCCUAAAACCAUAACGAAGGAGCUUAGCGAAAAUGUGGAAAGACUGAAAAUAGCACAAAAACAAUCUCCCUCACCAGUUCGCACUUCUGAGGAACCCCGAUAUGAUCGAGAGGUAGAAAAACCUAAAACAAAAUCGAAAAAAGAACGAACUUCGACUGGCUGUGGGCCAUCACCGCCUCGAGAAGGGAACACUUCAAGAAACCAAAUAAAUCGACUUGUUACACCAACUAGGGAAUCAAGUGCCAAUAAUCACGAUGACAAGCUACAAGGAAGGCAUGACAUGGCAGUUGGGCCCUCGCCACCCCGGGAAGUUCGGAAUGGUACAAAGCAUAUGGACAUGAGCACAGAGAUAUCACCUCCACGAGACACAAAUAAAACGAUGAGAGUUUCCCCAUAUCGUGACAGCAGACAGUCACCACGAUCAGAAGUCCCGAAGAGACACAGUAUAUCUGUGGGACCUUCACCGCCCCGAGACAAUACUUACGUUAACGCACCGUCCAAACAACCUUCAACAAAUACCCAAAAAAAGUCCACUGGCACGUCUCCACCGCGAGACGCCAUUGAACGACGUAAGACAAAUGUAUCGAACACUGGUACAUCACCACCUCCACAAAGUAUCUCUACGCAGACAUAUGAAGUACCGAAUACAAACGCAUGGGAACGAGCAUCAUCUGUGUCCCGGUCGCGACCACGCAGGCGGUUUCGUGACGAAGCCAGAAGAGAGCGAUCUCAAAGUAGACAUUCCAUGUCUAGUGAUACACGUGAAAGCGACCGUAGCAUCCGCACCGCUGGUCCAGGCAACAGAUGGGACUGGCGCGAACGUGACAGUAGCCCUGGGGGUGAAUGGGGAGAUAGUUACAAUCGACUAUCUCGUCGUGCAUCACAUCUAGACCUUCGUCGUAGUCGCCCUAACCGACGAUCGACUUAUUAUGGUUCCGAGGCAGCAUCUCCAGAACGUCAGUCGAGCAGAGCAAUUUCACUUGAAGCGCUGGCAGGAACUGGCGCCAAACGAGAAGCAGAAAGAGGAAUAGAGUUAGCUCAAAUGAUGGCUGAAGCAGAAAGGCUAGGUUUUAGUGCUGCAGAAGUGCAAGCAGCGCUAACACAAAGUCCAGCAUCGCCAUUAUCUUGGUUGCGGGAACGUUGGCCGAGUCUAUGUGCGGGCGUGCGUGCUGCCGCGGCACGUCUAGCACCAAACGCUGCUAUCUCAGAACUCGAAGCGAGAGCCGCUCUCGCUAGGCAUCGAGGAGCUAUGUGGCCAGCCGUGACAGAGUGUGUGGAAAGACACAAACGACAGACGGAGAUUAUGGGCGUCGGAGAGGAAGGCAGGUUACGUGGACACGUUUGGGGGUCCCCUGUUGGCGUAGAUGACGACGCAGCUCCUCCUCGCUCCUCAUCACGCCACUCUCACCGCAUGCGCGAAGAUAGUUCAGAUGAGUUUGAAGCACCGACACCGCCUAGAUUUCAAGAUGACGACUGGAUGUACUUACCACUAAACGUUAAUAUAAAUGAUUACGAAAGAGAGGCAAAUUAUUUAGAAAAUAAUGAGAACCAGGACCAAUCCACUACUGAAAACAAGGAGGAUGUGGCAAAAAAAUUAAAAAUGCUCCUUCAAGAAGCCGGAGUUCCUGCUAUUGAUGAAAAACUGCUUUUACAGGGACUGUUAGCAGGAAAACCUCUGUUUGAACCCCAAGCUAAUGUAAGUGCUAGUCCAAAGCCACAAUCAAUAGAUCUAGAUCUAUCUGAAAAUGAUUUCAUAGAUGCCUAUAAUGCCCUAACGAGGUUAAGUCCAUUACCUAAUAUAAACAAAACUAAUAGUAACAUAAAUAGUACUGAAACGUUUAAUGGUAACAAAAUAGUCACAAAUGAAGACCUAAGAAACGAAGAAAUAAUUGUUGGAACAACAAAUGGUAGAACAGAAUUUGUAAAUGAAAUUACUAUUCAAAACACCCAAUCCCAAACAAAUUCAAAACCAAUCAUAGAUAACAAACAAUCAUCAAAAGUUCACCAAAAUAGAAAGUCACCAACAAAAAGCGACCAAAAUGAAAAAAAUAUUGUAGAUAAAAGUAACACCAAAAUCUCCAGCAAUGAACAUUUAAUAAACGCUAGUAGCCUUAAUUUAAAUGCUCAAAAUGUAAAUAAAAACAAAAGUGCCAUUGACAGUAACACUAGUCAUUUUGAAAAAAGCACUAAAUCUGAAGAAAAUAUUUCUGACCGAAAUAAUCAAAGACAAAUCGAAGAAAAAUCUAAUCUUAAUGAUAUUGUUGAUACCACACAAAGGCUGAUUCAACAAAUGAAAGAAGAAAUUAAUUCAGAUAUAAAUUCCAUUGACGAUAGAACCAUGUCACAAAGUGAAGGAGAAUCCAGCACUGAUGAAACAAACGAUGAACAAGAAUCCAGCUAUAGCGACACUGAAGAAAGAACGGAAAAUAUGACAUCGGAUGAAAAAGAAAUGACAAGUUCUGAAGAUGAAAGUCCUUCUGAAAAGCAACAGGCUAUGCAGGGUAAUAUGACAAGCUCUGAAGAAAAUGACAAUUUUGAAGAAGCUUUAGAUCAUGUAGAAAAUCAGUUAGAAGACUUUAAACAUGCUAAUAUAGAAAUGCUAGAUUCUAUCGCUCGUACUUUACAAGAAGAACAUACUUUUACCGUAGAAGUAGAUGAAACUAUAAAAAAUAACGUUCCAGUGCCCUUAAAGAAAGAGGAUAUGAAUAACAACGUCUUUGUCGCCGUUAAUAGUUUCGAGGAAAUUUAUGAAGAACUAAGUACACAAAACAAUGUUGAUAAAAGCGUCAGCAAUAAAAGUGAAAUUAAUACCAACGUGGAAGAGGUUGUAAUACCCAAAAACAUUGAACUAUUUGCAAGAGAGGCACUUAUCUUCUCUGUAAUGCAAACAAUCACUCCAACUAAAUUAGUUAUUUCUGAAAAUGUGCUUCCUAUCUUAAAUGCUAAAUUAGAAACUGUUCCAGAAUCUAGCUCUGUCAAGGUUACUACGCAACAACAGACAAGUCAAGAACUUACAACCAACUCAAAUGAACUACAAGUUAAACCAGAAUCACCCGAAAAAGAAAUACAACCUAUUUUAAAACAGGCCGUAACUACAGAAGCCGAAAACGAACUUCCUGAUAACUUUCCUGCUCCUGAAACAUUAAAUGUAGAGGAGCCUCAGUCAUCACUUCCAGAUGCGAAUGAGCAAACAGAACCGAAACUAUUAAAUAUUAGUGAAAAUAAUAACAACAGCGUAAACUCCAUAGGAGAUACACACACAAAUUCAGAAGAAGCUAUUAAUGGCCAAAAUAUUGUACAAAUUCCAGAAAAUUCAUCAAAUGAUAACAGUAUUAAUAAAAACACCAUAGCCAGUAAGUCUAACAUACCUAAGCUAGUUAGAGUCAUACCUAAUAACAAGAUAAAGAAUGAUAAAAUUUCCCCUAAAUUAAUCGUUUCGAAAGUCCCAGUGCGUCGAACAUCAAUUAAACAAUAUCCUGCACCUGCUCCGCCUAAAUCUCAUUUUGGUAAUAUUCAAAGUGGUCAUGUAAAACAAUUGCAAACUAGACUGUUUAACAACAAAACAGUAUCUGUCAAACCACAAAAUCCUACAUCAUCUGAGACAAUAGACGUAAAACCAUCCACUUCAACAAUGAGUAAAAAGAAACCAGCUCCGCCUCCGCCUAUACAAGUGAAACAAGAGAAACAGCCUUCGCCAUCUAAGAUAUUGACAACGCCAAAAGAAAAGAAACCCUUUUUCCGCGAAACUUGUCGAACAGAAGACGAAUGGACUGACAGCGAUUCGGACGACUCACAGAUGCAAAUCAUAAGGCCCGUUGAAGAACCUAAGCAGUCACCGCCGUCACCACCUCCGCCAAUUACAGUGCGGCGAGUAUCAGGCCAAAUCAUAGAUUUAGCUAAAGUAAGACUUCCAGAAGGCUCACCUGAGAGACAAGCACGAAUGCUAUUAGCAGAAGGCGCUACAGAAACUUGGGAGCAGGCGCAGCUCGCUGUAGAACUCAUAUCCCGAGGAGCCGAACCACCGGCGGCCCUGUUAGCUGCACUUGAAUGUGUUGAUUUGUCGUCUGCUCUCGCUUAUUUAUACCAAGACUGCGAACUUUGUGCAUCUCGACUUCCGGAACAUGAAAUGGUUUCAAUGUUGCGUUGUACGCACCGCUGCUGUCGUGAAUGCGCACAUCACUAUUUCACCGUACAAAUAACGGAACGAAGUAUAGCAGACUGUGUCUGCCCGUACUGUAAACUCCCAGAGCUGGAAAGUCUACCUGAAGAUGCUUGGCUCGAAUAUUUUGCACAUUUGGAUAUACUUUUAAAAACCCUGCUUGACGUAGAUGUGCACGAGUUAUUUCAAAGAAAGUUACGAGACCGCACCUUAGCUCGUGAUCCGAACUUCAGGUGGUGUAUGGAAUGUUCUUCAGGGUUUUUCGUACAUCCAAAACAAAAGAAAAUACGUUGUCCAGAAUGUAGAUCAAUAAGUUGCGCUGGUUGUAGAAAACCGUGGAAUUCUAAUCACGAAGGAUUAAGUUGCGAGCAAUACACUGCGUGGUUGGAGGACAAUGAUCCAGAACGUUCGAUGACAGCGAUACAGCAACAUUUGCGAGACAAUGGUCUCGAAUGUCCACGGUGUCACUUUAAGUACUCCUUAUCUAGGGGAGGUUGUAUGCACUUCACGUGUACACAAUGCAAAUAUGAAUUCUGCUACGGUUGCGGGAAGCCCUUCACCAUGGGUGCACGAUGCGGCCUGAGCGACUACUGCGCCAAGUUAGGCCUUCACGCACAUCAUCCUAGAAACUGUUUGUUUUAUUUAAGAGAUAAAGAGCCACAUGAAUUACAAACCUUACUUCAGAUGAACAACGUGACAUACGAGACUAAUGCCUCAGAGGGCAGUACUGGGCGGUGCCCCGUGCAGCUACAACGAGAGACACCGACGGGGCUCGUAGACGGGACAUGUGGCAGUGAAGCACCCGCCAAUUAUGCGGGACUCUGCAAGAACCAUUACCUGGAAUACCUGAGUCGGUCGGUUCGCCGUUGCAACAUCGACCCGCUACCGAUCCUGGGAAUAGAUGACCUGGAGACGUUGGUGCGGCGGGCCGCGUUCCGGCUACCGCCGCGCCCCUACGGCUCUCUAGACGGCCUCUACAAGCGCGCCCUCGUCGAGAUUGUAAAGGAGAAGAUUCCACUGGAUUGACAGAACAUGAAACAAUUAAUUGCGUCGGUUGCUUCAGACGAAAUGGAUCAAUGUUGCUGAGCCCAUAUUAAUUUAUUAUUAUAAUAUUAUUAUUAACAUUACAUUAAAAUUAAUACAAUUUUAAAGUGAUUAUUACGUUUAUUUUCCUUAAUAUACAAAACAGAGGUCAUCGUCGCGCGAAAUGUUCAUUCAUGUGACGUUUGUCACGCUGUAUAUAAUGCCUGUUGGAAUGGAUACGGCUCUCGAGCGACGUGGGCAGGGCGCGCGCCUCCCGCUGCGAGGAGCGCGGGCCCCGCGUGGCCUGCUCGUCCGCCACGUCGGCCGCACGCUGCUCUGCCACGCGUCGUCCGCGCUGGAUCUCCCGCUCUGCACCUGCUGCCGCCAUUUCUGCUAAUCUUGCAGCUCUUUCUUCUUCUGUCAUGCCACCACGUUUCUUAUGAUCUCUAUGACUAACUUCUUUACUACGUUUGUCUCUAUCUACGGAAUCUGGACGUCUUUCAGAUCGACUGGAACUUUUAGUAUCGUAGUGGCGUGAUUUCUUAUCGUCAUCAUCCUGUUCGCGCCUUCCUGAAUACUCCUUUUUCCUUUUCUUAGAGACAAGCUCACUAUCUGAGUGCUCAGAACUCUUUCUUUUUCUGUAUUCCUUCUCACCUCCACUUUGGCGUUCAGACGACUUCUUACUACUAUGAGCAUCUUUCUUUGACUUUUUCCUUGACAAUUUAUCUUCCUCACUGUCCUCACUAUCAGAAGAAUAUUUACGUUCUCUCUUCUUCUUCUUCUUUUUUUGUUUUGCCUUCUUUUUCUUCUUUUUAUUCUUUUUCUUAUGUUCUGAAGAUGAAGAUGAAGAUGAUGAUGAAUCAGAAGAAUCAUCAGAAUCUAAAAGAGUUGCCAAAUCUAUUCCCUUUUUUCCACCCAAUGCAUUAAGUUUGGCAGCCAAAAGAUCAUCAAGGCUCUUGUCUUUCUUUUUAUGUGUUUUUUUAGAUUUGCUUUCUUUUCUUGAUUCCUGUAAAACAAAUAAUAUGCUUGUGAUAGACUGUCUGCAUAUGUAUAUAAUCAACCAAAUAAUUUAGUUUGCCUUAUACUUUUAUUUACACUAAAUGAUUUGCAUUGAUGUCUCAAUUCAAAAACAGUACCCGUUGAACAGAUACCUAUUGAGCAAAUACAAAUUCUAAGGUUUUAUGAGAUUUGACAUUUAUUUUGUUAGUGUUAAAGUCACUGUCUCUGUACUGAAACAGAGAGUUUGGCUUACUGUACAUAAUAAAUCCAUGGCAAAAUGCUGAAAUUGCAGAAAUAUCAAGAUAAAAUUAUGACUCUAAUCAUACCUGUUCCUUUCUGAGUAACUCAGUUAAACGGCGACGCUGCAAAGGAUUAUUUAGUAGUGCUGCACGAGCCGCUCGCUCACGUUCUUUUAUCAAGAGCAAGGGAUCUUCACGAAUCUUCCGCGACAUAUCUACUUGUGCAUCUCCAGCAGUUGUCAUCAUGCUAGAACCAACAACUCGGCGAGACACUGCUGGUAUCACAUCUUGUUCUAACUUAUCUGAGUGCUCAGCAUUCUUAUCAAUUGACUUUCCAAGCAAAUAUGCUUCCUCAUCAACUUUCUUAUCAGGUUUCUGGAACAGGAAAACAAAUUGUAUAAGAGUUACAAGAUGACUGCAUAGCACCAGCUGGUUGCUUUCUAACAUAAAGUAUUAACAAGGCCCAGGUUUACAGCAAUUGAGUCUUCUAUUUUUCUAAGGCAGAUAUAAUUAAGCAGUUUACACAAGUAUGGCAAUUAGUUUUAAGUAAACUGUAAAUCAAAAAAAAUAUUUAGUAUUGGAGUAAUAUUUUGCUAUUGUUCCUCACUACAUAUUGACUCAAUCAAAAUCAUUCAGUCAAAACUACUCACAACCAGCAGAAUAAUAAUACAAGAGUUCGUACAUCAUACAUCCAUGAUAAGCGGUCGUCAUUAUUAGGUGCAGUGCUGUUAUUUUUCAAGAGGCCUUUCAGUUCAGCUCUAUCUCGCUCCUCUGCACGCUCGCGUUGUAACUCCACCAUACGCUUUUUCUCUUCAGCCGCAGCCUGUUCUGCUUUCCAAACACGUUCUUGAUUUUUCAUUGUAUUUGGGUGCCAUGACUUUUUCGAAU